CCUCUCCUAAUUCUAUUCCCCCAACUGUGUACUGUGUACUGUGUAGAGAGCCAUGCGACCACCAAGGGGCGGCGGUGGCUUCAGGGGCGGCCGAGACGGUGGCCGAGGUCGCGGGGGCUUCCGGGGUGGUCGUGGCUUCGGAGGAGGCCGAGGUGGUGGUGGGUUUCGCGACGAAGGGCCCCCAAGCGAAGUCGUAGAGAUUUCGACCUUCCUUCAUGCGUGCGAGGGCGACGCAGUCACAAAGCUCACCAAUGAGAAAAUACCAUACUUCAAUGCUCCGAUCUAUCUGCUGAACAAGACCCAGAUCGGCAAAGUCGACGAAAUCUUUGGUCCCAUCAAUGAAUCUUACUUCUCCAUCAAAAUGAUGGAAGGCAUUGUGGCAACUUCGUAUAAUCAGGGGGAUAAAUUUUAUAUUGAUCCUGCCAAGCUUCUGCCGCUUGCUAGAUUCCUUCCACAGCCUAAGGGCCAGCAAGCUGGUGGUAGAGGUGGAGGACGUGGGGGAGGCAGAGGCGGUAGAGGUGGUGGCCGCGGACCUGGCGGAUUUCGUGGAAGAGGUGGCCCAAGGGGCGGUAGAGGUCCUCCGAGGGGUGGUGGGCGUGGUGGUGGCUUCAGGGGCAGAGGAAGGUCAUAGAAAUAGAAUUUGUAACCUUAACCGUGCUCUUCUCGUAUGUUGUCAUUAUGCCGGGGACAGUUUUCACAAAGAUGAUUUUACUGGUGGAUUUUGGUUUCUAGAUGGUGAACUAUCGAUAUUGCAAAUCAUUUCGGCCUAAUCCUUUUA